AUGUCGUUGUCUUUUGCUGGCGCUUCUGUGCUCAACCUCACGGUGGUCUUUUUGAUUGCACUUGCUCUAGGGGCGCGAUCACCAAAGCUGUGUCGUGUUUCAGCGGCAGUUGUCGUCGCACAAGGACUCUACAGUGCCUUUUUUCUUGUUGGCAUGUGGAGCAUUUUUGAUGGGCCCACCAGGCAAGAUGCGCAACGACACAAUGCCGGCAUGAACCCCGACCUGUGGUUCGCGGCGCUGUUUGCCUGGCCAGCAGCAGUGAUUCUCGCGUCUCUGGCUAACACCCAGAGCGCUGGCAGUACGGGUUUCGAAGGGCCACAGAGGAUCACCGUCCCUGCACCAGAAAAGUCCCGAGAGGGCACAUGCUCCGCCGGCUGGAGUCGUGUUGGUACUUGGACCGUUGGGGUGUCUCUCGGACAGGGGGUCCUUCUGUGGAGCGGCGUAUGUUUUGUAAUGGCUGCAGUAAACCUCAGGAGCUUCUGGGAUUUACAUAUGAUCAGGUUUUACAGCUCUCGGCAGCUCAGUUGGGUUUUUAUGCUCGAGGGACUCGUGCUUUGUUUUCUCGCGGCUGCGGCAUUUGUAGGCACUGUGCUAUCGUCUACAUUCGCGCUUCUUAUAUCUCUGUUUUGUUCUAUAACGGUGGGUCCUCUUGCGCUGGUAGUUGUUGUGUGGUGGAAUGUUCUGCUUUCGCGAGGGAAAAUCGGGGUUGAAGACUUUAUUACCAACCAGUUCAGCGUCAUGGAGCAAUACGUCUGUAUCAUCUGCUUCUGGUUUGCAUGUCGCGCGCUGUGCGGGCUGAUCGCUGCGAAAGCCAAGGGACGCUCGGGUUUCGAAUCUCCAGCAGAUGAGCUCCCAGAAAUUGCUCCCCUAAUUUCGGCCGAGGGUACAGCAUGA